UAAGAAUUCAAUCUCGGAACAAUACACACCACAUUGCAAUUCAUCUCAUUUUUAUUGAUCAAAUUUAUGACUUCUUGCAGUGUACAUUUCUGAAGAUCUUGUUGAAAAGGAAACGGAGAGAACAAAUUCUCUGGAUAUCAAAUUGGUCUAACUAAACACUGGAAAUAUCAAAUUGCCAAUGUAGGUUUGUGCUUUCUUGCUUCAAUCAACUAUGUCACUAAAACAGAUAAUCUAUUGGCAGAAUGUCCUUGUCGCAAUCGUCGCACACGUGUCUAUUCUGUGAGAGUACCACAAAAGGUGGUCUUUUUUGCUCGAGGGAAUGUCGCAGUGCUGUCCUCAACAAUUCAACAUCCACAAUAAUCCCUACAAGUUGCAGGAAAGAGAAUUAUACUGAUAGUGAAUGUGGAUGGGAACCAUUGACACAUACCUCUGGAGAUUAUGAGAAGACCCAGAGGCCUACCUGCUUGGAGACAGACGAGAAGUCUCGACGCGAAUUAAAGGGCUAUGAAAGCUCAUUCGAUUGGAUGAGGCUCUGGAGAAGACAUGCUUUUCGUUCAUAGAUGGUAUUUGGUCUAUUUUACCAUAUUUACGCUAGCAAAACGUAUGCUGUAAUAAACUGCAGCGGGUCAUAAUCGUUCCUUAAGUCUAGGGACUGUUCAAAGUUUGAGGUUAUAAAAUCGUAUCGAAGAGGUAUGUAGACGGUAUCAAGUACGCGUGGAGCAG